UUAAUGAAAAUUACAUUACCCAUUGUUAUCCAUAUAUCCUUCUUUCUCUUUGGUACUUGCAAAUCUUAAUAUUGUUUGUUUAUCAAAAAAUGGGACGGCCUCCUUGUUGUGACAAAGCAAAUGUAAAAAGAGGACCUUGGACAGCUGAGGAAGAUGCAAAAAUCCUUGCUUAUGUAGCCACUCAUGGAAUUGGCAACUGGACCUUGGUCCCUCAAAAAGCAGGUCUGAAUAGGUGUGGAAAAAGCUGUAGACUGAGAUGGACCAAUUAUCUACGUCCUGAUCUUAAGCAUGACAACUUCACACCUCAAGAAGAAGACUGCAUCCUUGAGCUUCACAAAACCAUAGGUAGCAGGUGGUCUUUAAUAGCAAAGCAAUUACCUGGGAGAACAGACAAUGAUGUCAAAAAUUACUGGAACACAAAGCUGAAGAAAAAGCUAGUGACCAUGGGAGUUGAUCCAGUAACACAUAAACCUUUUGCUCAGGUCUUUGCUGAGUAUGGUAAAAUUAGUGGGAUCCCAAUUCAAAAUGCAAGAAAUCAUAUCCAAUUUUCCAACAAUACCACUGAAAAAAAAGGGGUCUUUAUGGAAUCAAAGCAAUUUCCAUUCUCAAAUGGAACUCCCCAUGAUAAGUUUGUUAACAACAUUAUGAAUGACCAGUUGCAAGAAAACUACAUAUGGGAUUCUGAGGAGACUCUUCAAACACAUAGUUUUAGUGAAGUCCCCCCACUGAUUUCGUCAACAACUUCUUGUAAUCCCACACUAUACAGCUAUCCUUCUUUCUCUUCUGUGCAAUCUCAGGUUCCGUCUUCUUCGUCUAUGUGUACUUGGAAUGAGUUUAUACUUGGAGACUCUUUUACAUCAUCAAUGCAACCUGUUGAAGAAGCCACUUGUUCCUCUGCAAUGGAUUCGUUCGUGGACACUAUCUUGGCUCGUGACAAGCAAAUUCUAAUGGAUUUUCCACCACUUCUAGAUGUAUACCUCGAUUAUUGA